AUGGCGUUGCUUUCAGCUAGUGCAAGUUACACGAGUAUGGGUUCUCUUGUCCCGAAAAAGUACGAUGUUUUUAUCAGUUUUAGAGGCGAGGACACGCGCAAUACAUUCACUAGUCAUCUUCACAAAGCAUUGCUGGAUAGAAAUAUAGAAAUCAUUGAUGGGAGACUUGGGGGAGGAGAUGAAAUUCCGUGCUCUCUCUUGGCUGCAAUUGAGGAGUCGAAACUCUCCAUCAUUGUUUUCUCGGAGAAUUAUGCUUCUUCCUCGUGGUGUUUGGAUGAGCUCGCGCAUAUUCUCAGGUGCAAGGAGACGAAUAUGCAGAUUGUUCUGCCGGUCUUUUACCAUGUAAGUCCAUCUGAUGUGCGGAAACAACAACGAAGUUACGCUGUUGCGUUUGUCAUGCUUGAAGAACACUUUAAGGAUGAUCUAGACAAAGUGAAACAAUGGCGGGAUGCUUUAACAAAAGCAGCUAAUCUAUCUGGGUGGGAUCACCAGCCUGAAUCUGAAUUAGUUGAGAGAAUUGUCAAAGGUGUUAUGGAGAAAUUGCAUUGUCUAUCGUCAGGUGAUGAUUUGAAUGGCCUAGUUGGAAUUGACGGGCGCGUUGAGCAUAUUGAAUCGUUGUUGCUCGAAGACUUGUCAUUGGAUGUUCGCAUUAUAGGCAUUUGGGGCAUGGGUGGUUUGGGUAAGACAACUCUAGCUCAUCUUGUGUUUCAUCGUUUAUAUCGUCAAUUCGAAGGUUAUUGCUUUCUUGAAAAUGUUAGGGAAGAAUGGCAAAAACAUGGGAAAUUUGAUUUCAGAAACAGACUUUUUACUAAUUUGCUGGAGGAAAGAAAUCCUCAUGUUAUCAACAUGGUGUUUGUAAAGGAUAGGCUUCGCUGUAAAAAGAUACUUAUGGUUCUUGAUGAUAUAGAUGAUUUGGAGCAAUUUGAACAUUUAGUUGGAGGUCGUGAUUGGCUUCGUCCUGGAAGUAGAAUUAUUGUAACAACUAGAAAUAAGCAAGUGCUCAAGAAUAUUGAAGUUGAUAGGAUAUACAUGGCAGAGCAAUUGAAUGAAGAUGAAGCUCUCCAACUCUUUUCUCUGCAUGCUUUCAGAAGAAACUCUCCCACAGAAAGUUAUUUAGAUUUGUCUAGAAAGGUCAUAGAUUAUGCUGCAGGCUUACCACUUGCUCUUAAAGUUUUGGGUUCUCACUUGUAUUCUAAGAGCAAAAUCGAAUGGGAAAGUGCGCUGGAGAAACUAAAAGUAGUUCAAAAAAAAAUCCAGAAUAUAUUGCAAAUAAGUUAUGAUGGACUCGAUGAUAAAGAAAAGGAUGUGUUUCUUGAUGUUGCAUGUUUCUUCAAGGGCAAGAGAACGAGUUUUGUGGAGGAACUAUUGGAUGAUUGUGGUUCUUUUGCGGAGAUCAUUAGAGUUCUUGUUGACAAGACUCUCAUAACCCUAACGUAUUAUGAUCAACUUUGGAUGCAUGAUUUGGUGCAAGAAAUGGGUCGUGAAAUUGUUCGUCAAGAAUGCAUUAAAGAGCCUGGAAUGCGUAGUAGGCUGUGGAUCGCUGAUGAAGUUUGUCACAUCUUGAAAAAUGACGCAGGCACUGCAAAAGUUGAAGCAAUCUCCCUAAACACGUCUGAAAUGAGAGUUGAUCAUAUAAACUUGAAACCGACAGUCUUCAAUAAAAUGUACAAUCUAAGAUUACUUCAGAUAUUUGAAUGCAUAGAAAAGUGCAAAUUGCAUCUCCCACAAGGUCUUGAUACACUCAGAUAUCUCAAUUGGCCCACAUAUCCUUGGAAAUCUUUACCAUCGAGUUUUAUGCCUCAAAAUCUCCUGGAACUCAACAUGCCCUCAAGCCAGUUGGAGCAGCUUUCUAUUGAAUUCCAGCAUCUUGGGAGCCUAAAAGCUAUCAAUCUUAGUUUCUCAAAGACGCUGUCUCAUAUGCAAGAUCUCUCUCAAGCUAAUCUCAGGCGUUUAAAUCUGGCAAAUUGUGGGAGUUUAGUAGAAGUUCCUACACUGAGGUUUGAGCAAGCCUUUGACGAGUGUGUUGGUCAAGAGGAAAAAGUCUGUGACUACUCUCUUCAUCUCGGUGGCUGCUUAAAUCUCAAAUUGCUUUCAGAGAUGUGUGGGAAUAUAAGAUCCAUAUGUUUACGUUAUACCGCAGUUGAAGAAUUGCACCCUUCAGUUUGGUCUCUUGAAAAUCUCUCUCAUUUAGAUCUCAAUAGCUGUAGAGGCCUCAAGAAUCUUCCAAGCAAUAUUUGUCAAUUGGAGUCCCUAGAACAUCUAGACUUAAGCGGAACCGCAAUAGAACAAGUUGCCUCGUCAUCCUUUGAGUGUCUCCCUAAUUUGGAGGUUCUAUAUCUAGAAAAUUGCACAAGGCUUAAGUCCCUGCCAACCAGCAUAUGUAAGCUGGAGUCUCUUGUGACUCUUAAUCUGUCCGAUUGCACAAACUUCAAAAGCUUCCCAGAAAUCUUGGAGCCUAUGGAAUGUUUAAGAAUUCUGAACUUGGAUGGAACAAGGAUUAGGGAGUUGCACUCAUCGAUUGAAAAUCUAACUAGGCUUCGGUUGCUAUUUUUAGACACUGAAAAUCUCGAGCUUGUUCCAAACAACAUCUACAAUAUACGAUGCCUUGAGUAUCUUGACUUUUCUAAAUGUCCAAAACUUGAGAGUUUGCCAGCGUUGUCAGUUGGUUUUCACUGCAAGAUUGAAGUAGAUCUAAGUUACAACAGCAUAUUAAAAGUCCCUCAUUGGAACUUCGGUUUAUCCUCGUUGACAUUGCUUGACUUGACCGAUAUCACCACCGGCAGAAGACAUGUGAGCAUGGAACGAUUGUUUAAUAUGAUUCUGUUUUCAAGAGGCAACAACGAGACAGGUGACUUUCAGAUGGAUAGCCUUUUGGCCAAACCUCAGGCAUGCCGAUGUUCGCCUUUGGAUAAUUCCAACUUCUCAGCGGAGUGCACCAAUAUGGCGGCUAAAUUCCUGCUUAUCGUUUUGUGGGAGGCAAUUUGGUUUAAGAUGAAUGAAAUAGAACAAGAGAAAAUAAUUUUUCCUAGAAUCAAUUUAUGCUGUCCUGGAAAUGAAAUUCCAUGGUGGUUCAGUGAUCAGUCCAAGGGAUCUUCAAAACAUAUCAAGCUUUCUCCAAAUUGGCAUAAUCCCGACUUCUUAGGUUUUGCCUUUUGCUUUGUUGUUGAGUUUGAGCACUAUUGUUUUGAUGUCAAGCACUUGAAUUGCUGUUGUGAAUACCAUUUAAAAACCAACCAUGGUGAAAGCUACAGAUCUGUUUGGAGAUCCCAGAGACCAGAGAAGGCCGAAUGGAUGAAAGAAAUCAAAUUUCUCAAUUCAGAUCACUUGUUGCCCUGAAAUGUCAUUUGAAUGUCAUUUGAAUUUUGCCUAGAACCGUUUGAUACAAAGUAAAUACAAAGUAAAUUCAGAUCACUUGUUGAAAAUGGUAAAUACAAAGUAAAAGAAUGCGGAAUCCGCACACUGUAUUUGCAAGAUGCAGAGGAAUUUGGCGUCAUUGAAUAUAUUUCUCAGAAUGCGUCUUUUUUGUGGACAUCGCCGGGAAUCACAUUGUCAAGCGAGCAACCUGUUCAGUGCAUCUCUUUUGCGGUAAUUUAUGAACCUGUCUAGUCUUAUUAGUUAUUUCAUCUUUCACUGCUGUCUGUUUUGGCCAUGCGCAUUAUGCUGCAGGCUUAACAUAAAAUUCUAAUGGAACGAAAAAGAUCUGUCUCUGGACACACCACCCCC